CCUACUAGUUCUACCACUUUUCUUCCAUCCCUAGUUCUACUAUUACACACCACACCACACUACGACUACUGCCCGGCCCUACACCCUCCGCCCCGGUUGCGCCAGAUUCACUUCAUGCUCCUGCUCCUGCUUCACCCGUACAGGAGAUUUUCCCGUUCCCAUCAUUGUUCCCCACCACCUCUGCCCUCCGUCUUUGACGAACUAGAACUGAAUGCUCUAUCCCGUACCUUGACGUAAAUCGUCGCCUCUUGGAUGAUCUCACGGGCCUUGAACUGCAUGGCACAAGGCGACUCUGCGCUGCAGCAUCCCGCGCUUCCUUGACUCACUUCCUAGUCGUAUCCGAUCAUAGUCCUAUCCUUCCUUACACAGACAUGGCGAUCCGAGAGCGAGCCCGCGCAUUGUUCAAGUCGAGAUCCAAAACCGACCGUGAUUCGCAAACCUCCGGCUCCUCCAAGGCCUCGACAGAACGUUGGCCGAGCAACGUCUACAAGCCCGGCGAGCCUAUGCCGAGACCGAAGUACCGAGCAGCGCCCAAGAAAGAGCACACGGAAAAGCUGGAAGCGUUCAGCUUCGCAGAGGCAUGGAGGAGGAAAAGUUUCCAGUCACAGUACAGUCCCAUGGGCACGCGGGCCCCCAGUCGACGCAAUAGCGCCAAGACGCCAGGAAGCCGUCGCAGCAGUUGGAUCAGCCUGGGCAGAAAGAGCUUCAGCGGACCCGGCGCGGAUGGCAGGAGCAACAGCAUCACGAGCGGCGAAACAGAACCGAGCAGUGGCAUGCGGCCGCGAGACGGUGCAAUGCAUAUGGGCGCCGCAGUUCCCACCACUUUGCGAACAGAGCCAGAGGCAGAAGGAGAUGAUGAUGUUCACAAUGUCGGGCUCUCCAGAGUGCAGUCCUACACAAACGCCCUGACUCCCACUCUCGGUACAGCGCACGAUCAUCAAUUUUUCACAGAACACGACUUGGCGCUAGCGUUACGACGCUCUCACUUGGACGGGUCGCAUUUGGCCGUUCCUGCCUAAAAGCUGAGAGAGAUGGGAAAGCACGACCAGGGAGUUUAACAUCGUCGUCAUUUUGCAGCAUAUUCUUUCUGUACAAAACCAAAACAACGGCGCCCAUGGCUCGGUCAGGUCAGAGAACCUUGAGGUUCUAGGAGUUAUUAUUGCAUAUUGCAUUGCGUUGCAUUUUUGAGAAAGAGGAAGCGGAUUUUUCAGCAGCGCUUUUUCUUCUGAUGAUCUUGAUGAUGAUGAUGAUGAAACUCGAGAAAGGAAAGGAGCAUUUGAGCAGAGAGAGAGAGAGAGAGAGAGAGAGAGAGAGAGUGUGUGUGUGUGUGUGUGUGUGUGUGUGUGUGUGUGUGAGAGAGAGAGA